AUGCUGCCAGUUGCAGGUUUCAUAGCUGACCCUCGACACCCCAACAGUUUCCCCUACUAUGAGGAUGAUCCUGAAUCCUACAAGGCGCACCUGAAAAACUACCACGCCUUCAAAGUCAAUGGCUGCAAUGCCGUGCUCGGCUAUAUCCCCAACCGCGUCGUCGAGAAGUUCCACUGGCUGGAGGACUGUUGGAACGUCGACUCGUCGUCUCAGACGGUCACGCUGAUGGCGCCCCCAGAUGCGACGCCCGCAUUGCGCAGUGAGCUCAUGGCCCGCACUCUGGCAGAAGCUGUCAAGCGGGAGACUUUCGAGGUCCUGAAGGGCUGGCGCAACGAGAUGUACCCAGUCUACGGCCCGGGAGGGGAGUUCUUGCUCGAGAUGGAGCGAUCGGCCAGCCCGCUUUUUGGCAUCAUCACUUACGGAGUCCACAUUACCGGCUAUGUCGAAGACGAGCAGGGCCUCAGACUAUGGGUCGCCAGGCGAUCGCUGACGAAACAGACCUACCCCGGGAUGCUGGACAAUACUGCAGCCGGCGGGAUGAGCACCGGCGAACUCCCAUACGACUGUGGGGUUCGCGAAGCGAUGGAAGAGGCGUCCAUCCCGGAAGAUGUCUUGAAGAAGAAUUUGAAGCCGGCCGGGUGUGUUACAUACUUCUACGUUCGCGACUCGCGCGCAGGCGGCGAAACGGGGUUGCUUCAGCCCGAGAUAGAAUACAUCUACGAUCUUAAGCUGGACGCCAACAUCAUCCCCAAGCCCUGCGACUCGGAAGUGGAAGAUUUCCGGCUCUGGACCGUUGACGAGGUCAAGGAAUCGCUGCGCAGAGGGGAAUGGAAGCCCAAUUGCGCGGUGGUUGUGAUUGAUUUCUUCAUCCGUCAUGGCAUUCUGACACCGGAGAAUGAGCCUGACUAUCUGGAGAUCGUGGCCAGGAUACAUCGCCGUCUGGAAUUCCCCAAAGCAUCUCAUGCAAGUCGAUAG